AAAAAAUGAAAACUGGUCCGGUAGACUAACACCAUUAAAAAAAUGAGGAGUAAAUUCAGGGAACUAGAGGAUAAAUUUGUAAUUUCACUUGUCUAAAGAGAGACUGUGGAGUCCAGACAAGAAAAUCUGAAAAUAGGAGUUUCCUACAGUCUCUUUUUGUCCUCCAUUAAUGGAGGGAAGUUUGUAAAAUCUCUCACAUCAAAGUUUAAAAAAAAAAAAAAAAAAGCUAUAACCUUCUACUUCUGGCGCCAUUUGCAGCUUUCCUUUCGUUCAAACUUCCUCUAUUCCAUUUCUCAAUCCCACACCACACUCUUUCUCUCUCUCUUUCUGUGUAAUAUUUUUCUUCCAUAGUCUGGUAUGGAAGAAAAGGAAAGCACGGUUUCCGGGUCAGCAGGAAACUCGGAGACGGCGUCACCACCAGCUCCGACGAACAUGGCACUGACCAUGAGCUCGGAGGGAGGUUUGGGCUUGACAGCGACAGCGACGGCCACAAUAACACCAAGCAGUGGUGGCGGUGUUAGUGGUGGAGGAGGAGGAACACAAGGUAGCGUUGACUUGUCAGGGAGGAAGAAGCGAGGGAGGCCAAGAAAGUACGACGCCGAUGGGAACCUGAGGUUGGCGGCGUAUACGGCGGGAGUGACGGUGACACCUCCACCACCGGGCUUCUCUUUGUCUCCUUCUCCUUCCGAGUUUUCUUCCAAAAGGGGAAGAGGUAGGCCUCCUGGCUCCGGAAACUGGCAGCUUCUUGCUUCUUUAGGUGAGCUGUUUGCAAACACUGCUGGUGGGGACUUCACGCCGCAUGUGGUUACUGUUAAUACUGGCGAGGAUGUUGCAGGGAAAAUUCUUUCAUUUGCUCAAAAGGGUCCCAGAGGAAUUUGCAUUCUCUCUGCCAAUGGAGCUGUUUCUAACGUCACUAUUCGCCAACCCGGUUCUUCUGGUGGUAUUUUGACAUACGAGGGCCGCUUUGAGAUAUUAUCAUUAUCUGGGUCUUUUACAGUCAAUGACAAUGGUGGUGUUAGAAGUCGAACCGGUGGCCUCAGUGUCUCAUUGGCUGGUCCUGAUGGACGUGUAGUAGGUGGUGGCAUUGCUGGUUUGCUAACAGCUGCAAGUCCUAUCCAAAUUGUGGUUGGAAGCUUCAUGCCAAAUGGUUACAAGGUACAUAAAAGGAAGCACCACCGUGAACAUACUGUGGCUUCUCCGACCUCAGGUGUCCGAGAAACAGUGACAGCAGCAAGACCAAUCUCCCAAGCAAAACCUGAUGGUGAGCCGGGAGGUUUCACCACUACUACACCUGCAUUACCAGCACAAAGCCAGGGAGAAGCAGAAAACAGCACAAGUACUGAUAAAGACAACCCGGUUGCUUCUGCAUCAAUUAGUUCAGGUUGGAAUGGCUCAGAUUCCAAAUUAGAGCACGGACCAUCCCCUGACAUCAAUAUAUCUGUGCCUGGUGAAUAAAUAAUAAGGUUGAUUGGAGGCUGACAUGACCUUGAUAACUCGGAGCUAAAACAAAAGUAAAGUUAAUUUGGAAGUACGGUUGCAAUACUGAUAUUUAUUGACAAACUCUUUUUUUUUUUUUUUUUAAAACAAUUUUCUCUGAUUGUACGGAAUCAUCAACAGUUGCAGCCUCAAAUUUUAGUUGGUGGACAUGCUAUGGAUUAUUUUAAUUGAUAUCAAUACAAUUCUCAUUUUGACUUACCA